AUGCGUCGCACAUUACGGCAAUUUGCAGCCAUUAAGCCUGUCAGGUAUCUCGAGCCCAAUACCCCAACUGGUCUCACUGGCCUCGGAACCCAUCACUCCCCCCGCUCCGCCCUACUCUACCUCUACUCAUCUACUCUCGACAAGCUACAACAGUUCCCCUCCACUUCCCUAUAUCGCCAAUCUACAGAGGCUCUUAUCAAUCACCGUCUCAAUAUUGUACAAGCUGUUGUGCCAGUUGGAUACGAAGAAUGGUCAGCGAAAGCGAAAAAAACUAUGACUGAGCAUCCAGAGGUUUUCUCUACCCCAGAAGGUGGCGUGCAUUUUGAUGGGGGGAGAUAUGUUAAAAAGACUGUCGGGGGGAAGGUUUUUGUGCAAACUAAAAUUGAUAAGGAGGUGGAUUGGAGUAGGGAGGAGUGGGAUGGAGAAGAUAGUCGUGCGGAGUUGGAGGGUGUGAGGACGACACAAGAGAGGAAGGGACAAAUCGUUUUGGCAAUGGAAAGGCCUGGUGAGGAUGAGAAACAAAUAGAAUGGGACGAAGAGCCUGCGCUGAAUGUUGAUCAAGUCGAGGAGAUCGAGAAUAAGAUUGGUGCCGGAUUAAUUGAGGAGGUCAUUCAAGUCGCAGAGGGCGAAUUGACCCUUACUGAUAUCUUAUUGAAGGCGAAAGUAUGGGAAGAUCUCGAGGAGAAGCCCGUCGAGGGACAGUGGACAUAUUUCACGCGCGACACUGGUACCCCAACUACACAACAACCGCCUCCAAUGUAA